AUGGCUGAUCCGCCUGCCUCAUCCUCCCUGCCUUCGCGCGCCCUGCGUCGCCGCGGCCCCUUCCCCGCGCGCGCCGCCACCUUUGUCGAGGGCAUGUCCAUGCCCGACUGGCAGCGCCGUAACUCGACGCUGUCCGACUCCAUCUCGGAGGCCCGCAACUCCAUCCGAUCGUCGACCGAUGAUUUGUUUCUGCCGCGUGUGGCCAAGGGGCGCGAUCCGAUCGCGACGGACGAGUCGCAUUGGCACUCAGCGCCGCUGGGGCUGGCGCUGUUGCCGGCCAUCGCGGGUGUCUUCUUCCACGAUGGCAGCGCAUUUGUGACUGACGUCACGUUGCUGGUGCUGGCUGCCAUCUUUCUAAAUUGGUCGGUUCGCUUACCAUGGGACUGGUAUCGCUCGGCCCAGGCCAUACAGCGAGAGCAGGGCGGCCUCCAGACAGCCGCCGAGUCGAGUCCGAUGGGAAUGGACCUGAAAGAAGAAGACGAUGAAGCAGUAGAAUCCCCCGACGACUCACAGCCGCCAAGGCAGCACCGUGACUCCGUCGAAACACAAGCAGCCAAAGAACUCCAGAUCCACGAGCUGGCCGCGCUAGCGGCGUGCUUUAUAUUCCCCGUCAUCGGAACCUGGCUGCUCCACGCCAUUCGAUCCAGCCUCUCCCGACCCUCCGAAGGCCUGGUAUCAAACUACAACCUCACCGUCUUCCUGCUAGCCUCCGAAGUGCGCCCCUUCUCCCAUCUCCUAAAACUCGUGCAAGCACGUACCCUCCACCUCCAACACAUCGUAGCAUCGGCCUCAACCUCAAAUGAAGAAUGCAUAGACCACGAAAAGGUCCAGGAUCUCACCAAGCGCCUGGAAGAACUCGAAGCGCACGUCGCCGAGGCCGCGGCCGCACGCCUCUCCCCGUCCAAACCAGAUCCCAAAGCAGAACCCACCGAUGCCCCGACACUCAUUACGCAAGCUGUCGUCGAAGUCCGUCGCGCCGUUCAACCCGACAUCGAAGCACUCAACCGUGCCGUCCGUCGCUACGAAAAGCGCACCACCCUCUCAGCCUUACAAACAGAUACCCGCUUCCAACAGCUCGAAGCAAGCACCCGUGACGCCAUCGCCCUGGCCGCCGCAGCACAGCGCUCCAGCGCCUCCCACAAACAAAGCUAUGCAUUCAUUCUAAUCGACUGGGUCUGCGCUUGUAUCGUGGUUCCCGCCCGGCUAGCCCUGUCAAUCUUGAAUCUUCCCGCCUGCGCCGCAUCCCUCUGUAUCGCUGCUAUUCGGCGGAUGCUGGAUCGUCCUCAUCCUAUGAAGAAGCCACGCUCGAGGCCUGGAAAGGGCAAGUCAGUGCAGGAGAGUAACGGGGCAAGGUUUCGGUCGCAGUCGCCGCAGCCGAGGGCGCCGAUUAUGUCGCCUCUUACGCAACCGAAAGGGACUCACUAG